AUGCCCCGGCUUGUUCGGCGCAAGUCGCUAUGGGAGCGCGUCAGCUCGAUGCUGAACCCCAUGGACUUUUUGCUCUGGCUCUCGGAGGAGAUGGAGACGAGGGACUGGGACUCGAAUCUGGUCGGCACCCAGCUUGGCUUGGGCUUGAACCUCAUCUUCCUGCUGGCGCGCGCCAACUCCGGCUCAAAGUCGGCCGAAGAUGACGUGUUCGGCGACGAGGGCAGCGCGAGCUGGCUCUCCCUCUUGGUCCACCCGUUAAUUUGGACGCUCGUGUUCUUCUCCGUGAGCAAUGCAGUGUAUACGAUAUCCCGAACGAGAAAGUACCGAAUGUUCGAGGCGAGCAUCGACCGUCAGCCGUCUACCCCUUCCGCGCAGCGAGUCAAGGUGCAAUCCUCGCCCGUCUCCUCCUCUCCGUUGCGAUACAUUGCCGACAUCUUGACGCCCGAAUCGGCCGAGUCUCGAGCGCAUCCGGACAGGAACCGAGACGUGUGGGAGCUCUCGGUCUGGGACCCUCUACCGGUGUGCAUUCGGCUGUUCUGCUUCUUCGGCCCGGGCCACGUUCUCGUCUACCUGCUGUUUCUCCCUCUCGCGCCUCUCGACCCUCGGCCGAGCGUGGCCGUGUUCAAUACUCUGGUGGUGCAGGUGGUCCUGUCGGCGCAAAUGCUCCUGCUCUCGUCGCGAUUCGGCCAGCAAGCCAAGGACCAGGCGAUAGUGCAACGGGAGGUCAUGCACGAAUACGACACCAAGUUUGUCCAUCCACGAUUGCACCCCGUUGUCAGGGACGCCGGAACGCAACUGUCGGAGGCCAGUGGAUUUGUGCAGACGGGCACGGCGACGACGCUCAUCCGUCGCUCAUUCAUGGCACAUCACAACCCACACGUCGACCCGGCCGAGUCUUCCUUGGUGGCCAAUGCUAGCAAUGCGCUGAAGCCGCCGAUGUUCACGCCGCCCACGGUCAGCCGACGAGCGGAAUCGACCACGACCGCCUUCAGCCGGCGCAGCCCUGACGGACGAACCAGCUUGCCGACCAACCGGACUCCUGCUUCCGUCCAGACCACGACCAGCGUUGCUCCUUUGACAAGCAGCAGGCAGGGCCUCGGCGGAAGCAUGGGCAUCUUCACGCAUGGCAAGUCUCCGCUGAAGAAGGCGAUCAGCAUGGGAGCCAUCAACGGAGCCGACCGAUCGUCGCCGAGGAACUCGAGGGAAAUGGCGGCGUAUGAGCAGCGGAACUGGGAGCCCCCGAGCAGCCCGACGAAGCUCGGCGGGUUCAGGGAGUCGAUGAGCAUGAACAUGAACAGUUCGCCGCAUCCAUUUGCAAACAUGGGCAAGCACAGGCCGGGGUAUGAGAGAUACCCCAAACGACUGUAG